AUGCUCGCGCCACUCCUCGGCGCGACAACAGGCUCACUCUUGCGUCCACAGCUCGUCCCGCACGCCCUUCCCGGGCGUCCAGCUUCCGGCGUCCUGGCUGCCCCAGCCUUGGCCUGGCUGCUCGUCGCAGCGGCUGGGCUCACGCGCGCGCUCACCGCGGGCUUCGAUGACGCCCCCUCAGGCUCCGGCAUAAGAGCCACUUGUCCCGAAAUCAUUUUGAGACAAGAAGUUUUGAAAGAUGGUUUCCACAGAGACCUUUUAAUAAAAGUGAAGUUUGGAGAAGGUACUGAGGACUUACAGACCUGCCGACUCUUAAUUAAACAGUCCAUCCCCACAGGACUUUUUGUGGAUCCAUACGAGUUGGCUUCAUUCCAAGAGAAAAACAUAACAGAGGCAGUGAUGGUUUCAGAAAAUUUUAAUAUAGAAACUCCCAGCUAUUUGUCCAAGGAAUCUGAAGUUCUCAUUUAUGCCCGACAAGAUGCACGGUGUGCUGACUGUUUCCAGGCCUUUUUGCCUGUGCACUAUCGCUACCACCGGCCGCACAGUGAGGAUGCAGAAACCUUGAUAGUGGUCGGUAACCCAGAUCUGUUGAUGUCCUGUGACCAAGAGUUCCCGGUGUUGAGCUGCUGGGCCCAAUCCGAGGUGGCAGCUCCUUGUGCUCUGAAGAGUAAGAACGUCUGCCAGUGGAGCUGCCUGAAGUACCAACCAAUACAUAAGAAUGUGACCCUACACGUUCCAGUGGGACUGAGUAUACACAGCUCUUUAGUAUGUUCUGUGACUCUGCUCAUUACAAUCCUGUGUUCUACUUCGAUUCUUGUAGCUGUUUUCAAAUAUGGGAAUUUUUCUCUAUAAUUUUUAUGCAGCAAAUUUUUAAAUAAAACUAAGACUUAAUCAUU